GCGCGGGGACGGCGGGCUCGGGGCGGCGACAUGGCGGCGGCGGCGGCGGCGGCGGCGGCGGCGGCGGCGGCGAGAGGCAGGAAGCGGGGCCCGGGGCCGCUGGCCACCGCGUACCUGGUCAUCUACAACGUGGUGAUGACGGCGGGGUGGCUCGUCAUCGCGGUUGGCCUGGUGAGAGCGUACCUGGCCAAGGGGAGCUACCAUAGCCUUUAUUAUUCCAUCGAAAAGCCUUUGAAAUUCUUCCAAACUGGAGCCUUAUUGGAGAUCUUACAUUGUGCAAUAGGAAUCGUUCCAUCUUCUGUCGUCCUGACUUCAUUCCAGGUGAUGUCAAGAGUUUUCCUAAUAUGGGCAGUGACACAUAGCGUCAAAGAGGUCCAGAGCGAAGACAGUGUCCUCCUGUUUGUCAUUGCCUGGACGAUCACAGAGAUUAUCCGCUACUCCUUUUAUACGUUCAGCCUUUUAAACCAUCUGCCUUACCUCAUCAAAUGGGCCAGGUACACACUUUUCAUUGUGCUGUACCCCAUGGGCGUGUCAGGAGAAUUACUCACAAUAUAUGCUGCUCUGCCCUUUGUCAGACAGGCUGGCCUGUACUCCAUCAGUUUGCCUAACAAAUACAAUUUCUCCUUUGACUAUUAUGCAUUCCUAAUACUGGUCAUGAUCUCCUACAUCCCACUUUUCCCCCAGUUAUACUUCCACAUGAUCCACCAGAGAAGAAAGGUCCUUUCUCACACUGAAGAACACAAGAAGUUUGAAUAGCUCCUGCUUCCUGCACCUCCUCCUUUCUCCGCCCUCCAAAAGACAAACAAACAAACAAACAAACUUUUCAAUGAUCAAAAAAUGCUGCAGACUUUUUGAGUUCCCAGUCGUUUCAUAGAAAAUACAUAAGAACUAUUUUUAAAAUAUUAAAAAAAAAAAGAAGAAGAAGAAGAAGAAGAAGAAGAAGAAGAAGAAGAAGAAGAAACCAAAAUCCAGUGUCACCUGGGCCUGGGGUUUUUUAUUUAAAAAAAAAAAAAAUCUGUUCAUAAAAGAUCCCGACCAGUCCAUGUCAGUAUGCUCUUUCAGCCAGAAGUUCUAAUAUUUAUGAUGGCGCUAGAAAGGGAUUUGGCAUUUCCACCCUCCUGUUUUCUUCAUGUCUGGUAAAUAAAGAUCCGUAGCGCUCGCUGCCGAGGGGCCCCGGCGGGAGCGGGCUGGCCGCGGUAGAGAGCCUCGCCGUCUGCAGUGUUUCACAUUCCCUUUACGAAGUGCUUGACUGCAUGCUGGAAACUACUUGUAUUUUUUGAAGCAGCAAACUGUUCUUUGGAAUGCUCUAAGGUGCAUUAUGACUGGGACCUACCCUUCCUAUCUAGUGAAUGAAUUAUGCAAUGUAUAUGUCUGUGAAGCUUGGGGUAUACCCAUAACCAGAAAACGACUCAAACCCUUCCAUGUGUUUUCAGCCGAGUGCUUGCUGCCUGGUGCUCUUUAGUGAGUGUGUGUGUGCUUGGUGCGAGAGCCUGUGGCCUCACUCGGCCUGGGCAGGACGGUCACUCUCAGAGGGGAAACACGUUCCAGUGAGGGAUGGCUGGCUGACUCACCUCACGCUUCUCAGAACACCUCCAAGAUCUGGGUUUGCCUGUGACUUUUCUCGUGUGGGUCACGUAGGAGUGCCUGUCAUUUGAAGGCACGGGGAAAGUCUGACUUCUGAAGUGAAGCCCGGGGGACGUCGGAGACUAGGCUUCUGACACCUUUGUUGUCUUUAAGUUUUUGUCAUCUCGUCUGUGCGGUUUGGCUGGUCUGAUUCCUCCCAGUUCUGGAUCCAGAGGCAGGAAGUGUCAGUUGAGCUCAGAGCGCCGUGUCCCCCUGCGGCAUGACGACAGCCAGUGUCAGGCCUGUGCGUCUUCACCCUCUCUGCUUGCUCACCUGCAUGUUUGAGGCUCCUUCAAGAAAGAAUUCGGGUGAACUUUAGAUAAUGCGUUAGACUUUAAACAGUGUUCUAUGUGGAGCCUUUCUUUUUUUUUUCUCUUUCAAUUGGUUGAUCUUGAACAUGUGAAGUCUCGCUUACCAACUUACUGAGCUGUUAUCACUUAAAGUAUAAUUGCUAACAUCAGCAGGGUAUCAUGAUGGAAAAUUAAUUUUUUAAAUGCUUAUUUUCAUCGACGUUUGAAAAUACGAUGAAAAUGAGAAGAGACUGCAUUUCUAGGAUGUAAUACAGGCGGAUGUCUAAUAGAUUUUUUUUUAAUCAAACAUUAAAAUUCCACUUCUUUAAGUCAGCACUCUUCACUCGGGCUUGUUGAGAUUAGAAUCUAUUCUUGUAUUUGAUAAAAUAUGUGGGAAAUAUUUUUCAUGCUUUUUCUAAUUUUCCUAAGUAUAUUUCUACAAUAAAAUAGAAGCAGUUUGGGUUAUUAUUGCUUUCCUUGGUUGUAAGUAGUCAUACCCUCGUUUCUUAGUUAGGGGUCAUUUCUGGAAGCAAUAGAAGAGGGAAUAAAGAAUCCAAGUGUCCCAGGAUUGCUGGAUGAGGGAUUUUAUUCAGAUCUUCCUGUUAUAAUUUGACAAUAUGAAAGAGUGUCAGCAGGUGAGAUACUGCAUCAGAUUGGACUGGGCAUCAGGACACCACAAGCAGCGCCCAUGUCCAGAAGGGUCUGGACCGCAGUGGGUAUUGGCACACCCCCGUGCAGCGUGCCCACGGCGGCACACAGAUCUCCAGUCCCUUCCGAGUGACUGGCCCCUUUCUCUCCAGCUAGCCUGAGUUAGUUUCCCCUGUGACGCCGUGGCUGUCCUUCCGUGAACAGAGACCACCUAACACCAGCUGACGGUGCAUCUUCUCACCCAGUGUGGCAGAGGGAGGUGUUGUGUGGGCGGGGUCACAUCAGCUGGAUCUGUUUCCGGGACAUGGUCAGAGGGGAUGUGUCAGAACCCCCUGUGGGGCCUUUCUGGGGCAGCAGACGCUUUGAGCUCCUCAGGAGUGCUUUGUAGACACAGCUUAACAGCUGCAUCUUGCUGUGUCUCUGAAGGCAGGGGUCAUCCAUUUAACAUGGACUGACCAUUAUCGAAGGCACCACGGAGAGUUAGUCAAAAAUGAAAGCACCAUCCUCCCAGAUGAAAACAUUCUCUGGACCAAACUUCCAACAGGAAGGGUUUAGAAGAUCAUUAAAGAGACACAUGUAUCAUUUCCAUGUGUUCUGUUUGUUUCGUUUGGUUUGAUUUGAUUAUUCAUUUAUAAUAAAAGAUUGGCAUCGAUGCGGUACAACCUGUAAAUUAUUUUCAAUUCUGUUUCAGAGGGAAAAGAAAAAACUUCAAAAUCAGUGCAUACUACUCCUUUGAAAUUUGGGUACAAAAUUAUACAACCACAUAUAUACCUGUUUUUGUAUUUUUUCUAUGUUGUGAAAACCAAAAUUGUAAUUUUAUAAGUCUUUGAUUCACUAAAAUUAUAUAAUUUAAAUGUAUUUUUUGUAUAUUUAGAAAUAAGGAGUUCAAAGACCAUGCUUAACUUUCUAUGCAUGCGUUUGGAAGCUGUUUUAACCUGAUAUGUUAACAAUGUAGAACUAAGUUGUAUUCCUAGGAGAAACCGACCUGUGUUGCAUUUCAGAAUAAACUGGUGUGUGCACUGCCUGAGUUUAAA